AUGGCCGCGAUAUCUCCUGUUGUGGCUAGCGCGAUUAGAGGCAGCGCAUUUGCGCUGUCCUGGAAGAGCGACGCCAAGAAUACUGUUUCCCAGCGACUCGCAAUUCGUCAAACGCGAUAUGAUGGUCUUUGCAAUAAGGGGAGCGGAAUUUCAGGUAGAGGCAUGGGAUCAGGACGACUGAUUGAACGAAACGCCCAGGCCAAGGUCCACGUGUCAAUCGCUGCAAGCCUUGAUAUCGACAUGGACAUUGCUCCUCCGCCUAUCGACGGCGACCUGACGGAGACGAUGGAGGAGUAUGGAGCGGAGUUUGAUGCGGAAGGGGUGCCUGUGACGUUCAACAACAAUGAUACGACGCCAUUAAUGCAGCCCUCAACUCUGUCGCUGUACGUCUCGUGCCUGGCGCAUCAGUCACUGCGAUCUUCAUUGUUACUGCUUCGCCUUCAUACAUCCCAGUCCCAUUUCCUUCCUCCCUUUUCAUCGUUCCGGCAUGACGCGGUGUCCUCCCCUGUCGUGCGACCUUUAUCUGGGGAAGACCGGAUUCGAUUCCUGCAUAACCAGACCACGGCUGAUUUCAACUCUCUCUCCCCUGGCCAGGGAUGCAUGACUGUGUUUGUGUCACCAACAGCCCGAACAAUUGAUCUCGCCACUGCAUGGGUUAUGGCCACUUCUGUUAUUCUCACAGUCUCACCCGGCAAAGCUCAGAAGCUGGUUACCACAAUGGACAGGUACAUCUUCCCAGCGGACAAGGUAUCAGUGGCGGACAUUUCAGAGCAAACGAGGCUGCUUGCCCUCAUCGGCCCUCAGGCACCCACGGUUGUGGAGAAGCUUGGUCUCACUCAGCUGCUGGGGCAGCCAGAAGGGGCCCAUGCACACUUUGCUGUUGAGGGGGCGCCGGCAACAGUGGGCGUGGGCAGUGGGCUGGGCGCCUCUGUGCCCGGAUUCCUGCUCAUGCUGUCAGCUGACGUGGCAGGUCGUGUGUGGAGCCACCUCACCGAUGGAUUUGGGAUCACCCCGAUUGGUGCAGCCGCGUGGGAGAGACUGCGAGUACAGCAAGGGCGCCCUAUGCCGGGGUCGGAGCUGACAGACGAGUUCAACCCACUGGAGGCAGCUCUCUUCCAAUGCAUCUCCACCACCAAAGGGUGUUACAUGGGCCAGGAGACCAUCGCUAGGCUGAUUACAUAUGACGGGGUGAAGCAGCAACUCUGGGGACUCCGCCUUGCCAACCCAGUCUCUGUUGGUGCCAUUAUUACAAACAAGGAAGGGGCAAAGAUUGGAAAGGUAACAAGUUGUGUCUAUGGCCCUCAUGUUCACGAUGGCACAACCUCAUGUGAGUACCUUGCUCUCGGAUAUCUCAAGCGGCAAGAGGGUGGAGAGGGCACUUUUGUGCUUGUGGAGGGGCAAGAAGCUGCAGUCACUGACCUUCCGUAUGCUCAGAGAAACCUCAUGAUUUCUGGAAUUGACCGCAAGAAUUGUCUCCAGGCAAAGCUUAGCAUUACACCGAAAGCUCUGCAUUUUUCAGUCCAAGCGAGCGAGCUGGCUCAAAUCGAAACAGCACGCGCGAAUCACAGCAUGUCGGACUCGGAGUCUCACGAGAGCGAGGCGGAUCACGUUUCCGGCGUGCCCUGCAUCUCCGGCCAACCGUCCUGCGGAGGCGUCUUUCUGCGCAACGUCUGGCCCUUCGCCGGCAGCGGGAAGAGCCUUCAAAAGAACUACCUCCACAACAGCGUCCGCACUGACGCGGACGAGACCCAUGGCGCGCAGCGCGACUCGACUCCGGACGCGAAAGCAGACUCUAACGCGGAUGCUGAUAUCGAGCACAAUGCGGAGCAGUCUGGCUCUGCAAGCGGCAAUGCCUCCCCGAUGAAGCGAGGAUUUCUCGGUCGCAUGCGGGAUAGAGCGAGCUCUCCUUUCCACCUGGCGUCGGACUUGAGCCAUCGCAUGAGCAGCAGCGGAAGGGAUAAGUCGCCGGGACGCGUCGCAGCUUCGAAACGACGCGGCAAGUCGGAUCGCUCCCCGCAACGCAGCCGCUCGAACAAAUCACCGCUCCGCGCAACGGCUAGUUCAAGUGAGAGCGAUGCCGCUGCCAAGAUUGCGGGGCUGGAUGCGAAUGCGGCGCGAGACCAGGCAUCUGGAGCGGGCUUGAGUCAGGCCGUUAGUGAAGGAGCCGUUUUAGGAGAUGUUGGUGAUGUGACUGUAGAGAGAGUGACUGUAAGCGAGUCAGCGGCAGUGGGUAUGGAUAUAAGCGGCGACGACGAGGCCGUGUCGGCGUAUAAGCCGAAAGAUGCGCAAAGAAUCGCGGAAAACGCGCCGUCGGAUCAGGGAUCCUCGGAGCCGAGCAUAUCUCAACCGUCGAUUGGGCAGGAGAAAAAUCCCCCGAACGUGUUGCAACCUCAAGAAGAUCAAAUGGCAUCGCCAGCAGCAGCCGUGGCUUCUGCCGCCGCGGAAGGCGCCGUGAUCUCCGGCGCGAGACACGGUAAGGAGGAGGUGGAGGAGGAGCAAGCGAUGGAGCACGAGAUGCAAGAGCUCACCGUGAGCGACGGGUCCGGGGGCACCAGUGUUCCCGUCAUGGCGGUAGGCGGAGUGGGAGCGGGAGCAUUAGCGGGAGCGAUAGCGGGAGCGGAUGGAAGGGAUGAGAAUCGGAGAGAAGAGGAGGCGGCGGUUGGAAAGGACGCGGAGGAAGGGCGGUCGGAGACGAAUGAGGAGGGGCGCGCGGAGGUGAACGAGGAUGGACGGUCGGAAGCGAGCUCGGACGUACAUGCUGCCACGCCUCUUCCUUCGCGCAAUGACGCGCAGUCCACAUCACCCGAGGAGGAGCCGGUGAUGCUGGACAGUCUGGACAGGUGUCUGGCGCUGCUGGGCUCGGGCAACAAGAGCAAGGUCACCAUGGCCCUCGUGGCAGUGCUCGCCUACGUGGCAUCUGGUGACGUGGACAACAUGAACAACGUCUACGGCGCCCUCCCGUUCUCUCUCCUCCAGGAGGCCUUCCGGGCAGCUGUGGCCAAAGGGAGCACAGGGUCAAACGGCAUGGUGGAGGAGGAGGAGCUGGUGCAUGCAGCGCUGGCGGUGCUGGCGCUGCUGCUGCAGGAGCCUGACCUCGCCUACGCGCCACAGACCACGCUGCUCGUGCCCCACCUCGUUGGACUCAUCCGCAACGGGUACGACCCAGUGGUGGCGGUGGACGCGUAUGAGUGUCUGCUGGGGGUGGCCACGGGGUCAGACGCGGGGCUCAAGGCAGUCAAGGGCGCGGACGUGCUGGGAGUUGUGGCCGAGAAUAUUCAGCGCUCCAGCCCAGGGUGCGAGUCACUACCGUCGGCCAUCCAGCUGCUGGGCUUCCUCUUCAUGAGUGGCGUGUCUGACAUCGAGAUGUACGAGUACAAGCACGAGUUCGCUGCUGCGGUGCCGGCGCUAGCGCGCGAGCUGGCACAGCGCACGGACAUGCUCAAGUACGAAGUGCUCAAGCUGCUUGUCGCCAUGCUCUCGUCCGAGCCUGCGGAGCCAGUGAGAUCGGUGGUGCAGACCUUUGAUUCGGGCAGCGAGGGCAGGCAGUGGGCGCAUGAUAUUCGGGCAGGUCUGGCAGACAUUCUGCUGGACAGCAACGGGGAGGAGUUUCGAAAGGAUGCUCUGCAGCUCGUGCGAGUGGUGGCAGAGAUUCAAGGGGAGGCCUGGCUCGUGGAAACAGGGGAAGGCGGAGGAGCUGAGAGCGGUGCGAAUGGGUUGAGUGCGGUGCGGCCGUCGCCAGCUGACCAGUUCCUGCUGGUGCUGCUGCAGGCUCUGAAGGUGGAAAUGCCUCCGCUGUUACAGGAGCUGGCAGUGCUGACAAUUGAGAAUGAGGAGGAGGCAGCAAAGGAUGGCGAGGGUGGGGAGGGCGGUGAGGGCGGCGAAGGGGAAGGCGAAGUGGAUGGCGAGGAAAAGGACAAGAUGAACGCGGACGCAGCGUGGGCGGCGCUGGGCGGCAAUCUGGACCGUAAGGCAGGAGGAGGGCUAGGGCGAGCAGGGGGGUUGGGGCGAGCAGGAGGGCUGGGCAAGGGGGAAAUCACGCGCAUGCAAUCCCUUGUGCCCACUAGUGAGGACUGGCGCUCCGUGGUGAAUGAGAUGGUGUGGGAGCCGCCGAAAGAUAAUGAUGAUGACCCGUCACUGUUGCAGAUAGAGGAGGAGGUUCCAGAGGAGACUGGCCCUCCUGAGGAGGUGAAGCGGCUGUAUCGGGUGCUGGGGGAUUGCUAUUGCCUGGUUGAGAAGGUGAUUGCGGCCCUGGCUGGAGCUGCUGCAGAGGUGGAGAAGGGGAAGGGGAAGGGGGGAGCGGGUGGGGAGGAGAAGGGUGGGGAGGGGGAGGGGAAGGAGGUGGCGACGCUGGUGGAGAGGCUGGGGGCGGAGACGGUGCAGGCGUGUGUGAAGCUGGUGGAUGGCAUCAUCAAAGACGUGCUCUUCUUCCUGCAACUCGCCCAGGAGCGGGAGCGGUAUUCGCAUGAUGGAGUUUUGUCUGCCAUCAAAGUGCUGGGAAGCUACCUGGCAGUGGCACCAUCAGCGCAUCGCAAGAGGGUGGGCCGGCUGCUGGGCUUUAUGCUAGGCGUGAAGGGGGAGGACGAGGACAGGCCGCUACUGGCAUCACGCUACCUGCUGCCCGCCCUGGUGCACAUGAGCAGUGAGCCCCGCGGCUGCAACACCAUCAUCAAGCGCGGCGGCCACCGUUUCCUGAUCGAGUACGUGGCGGAGACGGGGCGAACCAACAUGACGGGGCAGCUGCGGUCAGGGGCGGAGGGGCAGGCCAGCCUCAUGCAGGCCGCUGACGUCAUCCUCAACCUCUUCUCCCUGAGGCGGAACAUCAAGGUGCCUUUGGAUCCACAUGACUUUGUGCCACUGCUGGCAUCCAUGGCUGCAUGGAGCAGCGUCAAGAGCACGGACCCAAAGAUCACGUACAAGACUCUAGCGAUGGCAGCAUGUGUCAAUGUAUCCAUGCUGCAGCUCUCAUCAGAGGACAUAGUGAAGAAGAAGCUCGACCUGGCCACGUACAAGAAGCUGCCCGCGUCACUGGCGGUGAUUGUCAAGUUCCUGGAGUUUGGGCACCGCAACUGCAACUCCUUCAGCAGCGAGACCGAGAUCAAGGAGCUCUGGGACGUCACGCUGGGAUCGUGUCAGGACUGUCUGCUGCUGUGGCCGCAGCUCAAGCGGGCUAUAGUCAAGUCAGAGUACUGGGCUCGCGUCUCCCGGCAAAAGGCGGUGACACAGGAGAGGCUGAACCAGGUGUGCAAAGACGAGCGACUGCGGAAGCUGCUGGCGCUCGUUGCCUUUUCCAACUGA